GAGCAGGCCACUCCAUGGGCCUGGAGUCCUGGAGGUUGCAUUAAAGGUUUUCCUCCAUUUUCACUGUGACUUCAUAUAUGGCAUACUCCCUCCCUAUGUUGCUCCUCUCCAUCCCAACGCCCAAGAGAGGAGAAAGAUAGAGAGAAUGGGUCAUAACUACCCAUAAGCAGGGGCCUUGGACUUUUUGAUGGGUACUUUGAGCUAGCUCUACCAGGUCCAACUUCCUACACCUUUCUUGCUCCUCUCAUCUCCAUUCCCAAGCACACAACACACCAUACAUACAACAGGGCUAUUUAGCAUAUAUAGGUGCUAGUAGUAAGAGUGCAAGGACACACUAGUAGAGCAAAGGUUUCAUUCAUACAUGGCUCUCGCCACUCUCCUGCUCCCCUCCUCCACGGCCAGCAAGGCCGACGCCGGCGACCACUCCGACAGCCGGCGGCAUGACCACCACCACGGUAGCAAGCGCAAGAAGAAGCCACCGCCAUCACCGCAACCGUCGCUCUCGUCGGCGCCAAGAACCCCGCCAGGCGCACGAAGCCAGCGCGGCAUGGCCGUGGCCGCGUCAUCCAAGAAGAGCCCCAAGGUCGCCGCGGCGGCGGCGGCCAAGAACCGCCCCCAGUACCAGCAGCACCGAGCCCAGUCGACGAAGAAGGCUGCGGCGACGUCCUCCUCCUCCUCGUCCUCGUCGUCAUGGGAGCAGGUGAAGAGCCUGCUGAGCUGCCGGAGCGCGACGGCGGCGGCGCGCGUGCAUGACCCGGCGGCGCCCUCGGCGCUGGCGCGGCUCCGCGGCAGCGGCGCGGGUGCCUGCGGCGCCUCGCUCUGCGCCAUGCGCGACGUGGUCGACGCCGCCUCCUCCGCCGCGUCGUCCGCCGCCGCGUCCGCGUCCGCGUCCGCCGACCGCGACACCGCUCCGCUGAACCGCCGCCGCGCGCACCGCGCUGGCUCGUCCUCGUCCUCCGCUGCCGGCGCCGGCCACCACUCCUCCCUGCGCGGCCUCUCCGGCUGCUACGAGUGCCGCGCCAUCAACGUCGAGCCCAUGUCGAGGCGGUACCCGAGGCCGAGGGAGCUGUGCGCCUGCCCGCAGUGCGGCGAGGUGUUCACCAAGGCCGACAGCUUGGAGCACCACCAGGCCAUUCGCCAUGCAGUGUCGGAGCUUGGACCCGAGGACUCCGGCCGCAACAUCGUGGAGAUCAUCUUCAAGUCCAGCUGGCAGAAGCGGGACCGCCCCAUCUGCCACAUCGACCGCAUCCUCAAGGUGCACAACGCGCCGCGCACCGUCGCCAGGUUCGAGGCCUACCGCGACGCCGUGCGCUCCCGCUGCCGAGCCACGGCGGCCCGGGCAGCCGCCGACGGCAACGAGCUGCUCAGGUUCCACUCCGCGCCGCUCGCGUGCGCGCUCGGGCUCAGCGGCGCCACGUCCCUCUGCGCCGGCGCCGCCGCCGACUCGUCCAGCAGGAGUAACACGGCUGACACGGCAGCGUCGUCGUCCUCCUCCUCGGCGGCAGGUCCUUCCACCGCCGCCACGUGCUGCGGCGUGUGCACGGCCAUCCGGCACGGGUUCGCGCCGUGGGUGGGCGCGCACCCGCUCGGCGUGCGCACCACGGCCAGCAGCGGCCGCGCGCACGACUGCGGCUCAUCGGCGAUGUCGUCGGCGCAGGCAGCGAACGCUGAUGACAACGGUGGCUGCCGCGCCAUGCUGGUGUGCCGCGUCAUCGCCGGCCGCGUCCGCCGCGACGGCGACGCCUGCACGUCCGCGGCCGGGGAGGAGGGCCCGUUCGACUCGGUGGCCGGAGAGGAUGCCGCCAGCAGCAGCGUGUACGGCAACCUCGAGGAGCUCUUCGUGGCCAACCCCAGGGCCAUCCUGCCGUGCUUCGUCGUCAUCUACCGUGUGCUUGAAUCUUAAUUGAAUGAACUACACUAUGCUUCUUAAUCACUUCAUAUACAUUUUGUGGUACUAAACAAGAAUGGCGACCAAGAUCUCAUGUCUGUGUUAGUUUUUCUUCAUUUUCUUGUGAAAUACUACUACUUUUAUAUGCCCCAUAUAUAUAUUAUGUUUGUAACAUUUUAUUUUGUAGUUUCAUCGUCAAUAUAUGUAUAUGUAUAUAUAUGAAAAAAAGUUAAAAGAAGGAUGAUUCGCUAGUUUA